UGAAAAUUAUCCAUCUCUGUUCAUGAUAUGCAAAAGCCGAAGCGGUCAUCCGACAAGCUUGGACUAUCAGGACCUGCUAAUUUUGCCUAUUGCUAGUAUAGGUGGUACAAAUGCAUGAUAAUUCAGAGGUGCGGAGAGUUGGUAGCCAAUGCUGCCGUGCGGUUUUCUGCACUGCAUGGCUGCCCAACCAACCUCGAGUAUAGCUAGCUACUUUACAAUAUUGAAGCGUGAUGGUGUACCAUCGACAUAGAAUGUAUACAUCAACUUAUAAGCCGUGGGGAAAAUGCCACACCAAAUGGCAGAUAAACGGCGGGUCUACCUCGCGUGCCGAGCCAUCUUCGCCGGCGACAAAGCACAGCUGCGACGACCGAAGAAAGUGCGCGAAGAGAUUGUGAAGCGGCCAUGGGCACUAGGGUCACUAACCCACGACCUCGGCAUAGAGAAAGUAGUUGAGAUCCUUCGCGACUUGCUAGAAAGACGCGUGUUCGAGUCAGAGCUCAAAGCCAAGGUCGAAUUUCCCGAACUGUUCCACUCCUCGCCGGAUCAGGAAGUGCAGCGUGAAACAUCCGAGAUCGAUGCUGCGAGGUCUGCGGCCGAGGCACUUGAGGAAAUUGCUAGUGCAGAACACAUCGACGGAGAAAGCGAAGAUGAAUUUGGGGAGGAUACCAAGAACGAGACCAGCGUUGAACAGGCAGCUCCGCGACAGGCGGUAGUUCUACCUUCGCUGUAUCCAACCUAUAUCCCGUACAAAACACAACAUCUUAUUUUGAACGAAACCCAACGCAUACUUGAAGAAAGCUGCUUUGAAUUCGUGCAGAAGUGGUUACCAACCGUCCUCUCGGGCAAGGAAUGGGACUGCGCCAGUUCGAUGGAAUUGACUAAGUGGACGCGUCUCCUAGCCAAGAAGGCAGACAAGAUACCUCGGGAAGCAUUUAAUUCCGGCGGCGCGCCGCUGACAGAGGUGCUCUUCGCGACAAACAAGCUAAGGCAUAGCGCUGUCCACCGGAUUUCGACGUCAGCUCGCGGGAUCCAGGAUUUAGUUAAGUCAGCAGUGACGCUCGCAUCUACACUCGGUGAUCAGAGACGUGCGAGCCAAUUAGAAGAGAUGUGCUACGAGCUAGAUAGUAAGAUCAAGGCGAUGGAGCUAAAUAAGAACGCAUUAGAGAACUCCGUGAUAGCUGGCAUCGAUGACAUCCAGCGGUUGCGGGAUGAGUUAGAUCGGAAGGAGAAGGAGAUGAUCGUGAACAUGGUGAGAAGUGAUCAGGAGAACAAGAAUGUCAUCGGAGAUCUGCUAGAGGAUUCGGUGAGUAGGAUUCUGGAAGGGAAGAGCGAGAGUGACGAUGAGGUGAAGGCAGACCAAGAUGAAAACGGCGGAAGUGAUUGAGUUGAAUAUUGAGUUGAAUAUAUUCUGUAGCUUCACAGUUGUAAGUGGUGAAGUGUAAGCUCCGGGAGAUUCCGGGACGACAUUAGAUAGGUGGUCCUCAUGCCAUACAGAGCCAGGUGCUACCUCCAGGGCUGCGCACAUACCUUAGAUACAGGUGAGUUAGUGGGUUUAGCAUUCCUAGGUAAGC